AUGCAUCCAUCCGACAACAUCGACAACAUCGACAACAUCGAGCUGACAAACAACAUGACGAUCAGACACAUUUCGAUCAACGACACGACCCUCGAAGACAUGGUGAUCAAAGACCUUCUCAACAGCAACAUGGCGCUCAGAAAUAAGAUCGCCAGCGACCUCGCCAACAUGGACAUGGCCAUCGAAGAGACCGUCAUCAACAAUCUAGCCGACAGCGACAUUGACGUCAAAAACAUAGUCAUUGACAAACUCACCACAAUGAACAUGACCCUCACAGACCUCGCCAACACAGUGAUACUCUCAAAAGCAUGGUCAACAACGACCUCGCUAGCAGCAACACCAUCAGCAGCAACAUCUCCCUCACAGGCGUGGUCAUUGAUCUCGCCUACAGAAACACCGUCUUCAGAGAACGAAGAGGACACCGACUGGCCCUUUGUCGGGCGAAAAGGGCCCUUGCCUCCUUCGCCUGCUCUACGACAGAGGGAUCCAACUCCGGAUGAAAUCACGGAAGGGUUUCUCUCCCAUACGCUCUACCCAUUGUUCGGCCUGUCUCGUCACCCAAAUCCACGUGGAGUGUGGACCCUAGAGCAACGGGAAAAGGUCCCCAUCCCCAUCAGCCUCGACAAGAACGACCCGCAGUACCUCGACCACGAAACCUCCUGCAAACGAAUCAGAGCAAUCCUAAAUCACUGUUACGUGGAGGAGCUCGACUAUCGCAAACAGAGUCGCGCUAGACUCUCUUCAGCGGUCCUUUCCAUUCCUCGGUGUAGAGGUUUUGAACAAGAAGUUGAGGCUCUGGGCGUCAGAUUCCCAAUUGAAGGAGAGCUUGAUUUCGUUGUGAACAACGCCGCGGAGCCUGGCAAUGGUAUCGGCGUUGUCAUCUGCGUCAAUCCGUGGCCGGCGACCAUCCUCUGGCAGUGCGUCUCAUUCAUGGCACUCUGCCAUAACGCUCGAAAGAGUGAAAACAAACGGAUCACUUCGGUCUACGGCGUUGCGACCAACGGAAAAGAAUUCUACUUCCUCGAGAUCGACGACAACGGCAUGAUCUCAUUCCAUCGAACGGUCCUGCGAUCCGAUAGCGGUACAAAGACAAACGAGGUGUACUCUUACUUCCGCCGGUUCUUCCGCGACAUUAUGGACCGAAGAAUCAUACCCAUUCCUGGUACCCGGUUCAAGCCCUCGACCUCCCCUUCUCGCCUCUACUGA